UCGCGUGAUCUGCGGCAAAAAUGGCGUCGAAAAGCGAGGCUGCGGAUGAGCUCCAGACGCAGCGGAAGCUGGGAACGUUGCAAGACAAGCUUGAGUCGUUCAUAGAGAAUCUUCGGAGUGUGGGAGUGAUAGCAGGGGACUUUCAACACAACGGACAAAUUGUUCUCAACGAUAGACUGAAUCGAGUGGUUGAAGACAUGAGGAAUCUGGACCGAAUGAAAGAGGAAUAUGCUGGAGUACAAAUACCUCUUUCAGUUCUCAACUACAUAGACACAGGACGGAAUCCUGAGCUCUUUACCAGACACCAGUUGGAGCAGACACUCUCAGACUACGAGGCUGUCCAGCGAAAAGUUCAAGCAUACAAGCAGGAGUUUCGUGCUGAACUGAUUCAACAGUUACAGAAGCCUUUUGAAGCAGAGAUAGCAGCCUACUUGGCUAGCUGUCCGGAGGAAAAGUGA